AUGGGAGAAACCCACCAAAACUCCAAUAAACCCGAUCCACCACCAAAACCACCGGAUUGCACCACCCCAAGUGGUGGAAAAUCAUCACCAACAACGACCCAAACACAUCCUAUAACACCAAUAUCAUAUUCAUCCCCCAACGCAAUAGAUCUAAGUUUGAAAAAUCAUGGCACGAAUCCCAAGGUCGUCGAAACACCCACUUCUGAUCAGAAUUUGGACAUGGGACCAUCACCAAUGAACUCAGAAGGCCCAAAAACCCCUAGGGUGGUGUCCUGGACGUCCAAUUUGGCCGGAAUUGAAGCAUUGGAAAAAGUACAGCCCGAAACUGAUUUUGAAAUUAAUUCUUGUAUGAUGGUCCAACAGAUACACGCACCAGAUAUUCAGAAUGCCCAUGAGAUGGCGAACCUUCGGUCAAAAAAUCACGGCAAUCGGAGGUCGGACGCUCCUGUUACGGCACCAAACGUAAACGGGCAGUUUGUCGAAAAAUUGCAAUUUUCGGCCUCUACGGUUCUCACCUCGGGAAACGCGCCUGACCGCGUUAUUCAGCAUGAAAUUCCGCACAAGAUUGUUGAAAAUCAUAAAUUUCUGCCUCCGGUUGAUUUUGGCCGGAAAACGGAGCCGCUACCGGCCGGCCGGCGGCGUCCCGGCGGCCCUCGGGCAACUUUUGAUCAGAAUGUUCUUCCAGUUAAUUUGAAUCCAUUUUCAUCAUCGGUUUUUCCACAUGAGGCCCAGACAGUGCUCAAUCAGGGCCGAAAGACAUAUGCUACUGCAGUUUCUAGCCGUCCGGGCCUGUCUCAAGCUGAACGGAGUUCACGGAAGUCGUUUGCAUCGGUUGUACAGGGUAUAGAUGACUCUUCCACUGCUGGGUUUGCUGCUAAAGAACCCUUUAUACAUAUGGGUAAGCCGGCAAUAGUUUUGACUGAGUCCGAGGAGGCUACACUCGCUGAUCCUUACAAGUAUACACUUGUGGGGAAAUUUCCACAUCGCAAGCCAAUCAUGAGGAAGGUACGUGAGAUUUUUUCUAAGUUUGGGUUCCAUGGUUGUUUCGAGGUGGGACUGAUUGACACAACACACAUUCUUAUACACCUUACACAUGAGGAGGAUUACAGCAGGCUUUUUCUUAAACCUUCAUGGUAUAUUGAUGGUUGUCCGAUGAGAGUCCUUAAGUGGACAUGUGACUUUACACCUAAGCAAGAGACUCCGAUCGUUCCCGUAUGGGUAUCGUUCCCUCUGCUUCCAGUACAUUUACGUGCGAAGGGGUUCCUUUUCGCCUUAUCUUGGGCAAUAGGAAUGCCCUUGAGAAUUGAUGAGGCCACCACCGACUUGAGACGACCUAGUGAGGCAAGGGUGUGCAUUGAGGUGAAUUUGGAGCAUAAGUUGCCCGACAGGGUUUGGAUUGAGCGUGCUGGUAACCGUGGCUUCUGGCAGACAGUUAUCUAUGAGAAGCGGCCAAUUUUUUGCUUUUCUUGUAAACACUUGGGUCAUUCUUAUGAUCAGUGUACUACAGUUCCUCCUCCUCCUCCUCCUCCUCCUACAGUUGUUGUGCACCCCCCUGUUCGGCCCCCUAUUACUAGGACUGAUAAGGAUAAGGGCAAGGUGACGUUUGUGGAGCCAAAGAAGCAGUGGGUUCCAGUUUCAGCAGUGCCUUCUGUGCUUCCCACUACUACUACCGCAGUUGUGACAGAGUCAGAAUCUGCAUCAACAGUUCCUACCUCUACUCGUAUCACAUUGAUCACUUUAAGAAGGACCAUGGAAUGA